AAACUAGUUGUUGUGUCUAAUUAUUCACACACGACAGUCGAGAAGCUACACUUGAAAGCUGAAACCGACGUGCAUAUACCCUGAGACUGCAAAAGUUAGUCAAGUGUCAGCAAACAAACAAAGUGGUUGUACAAUGAUAUUGAAAAUCAGUCAGAAGAAAUUGUUUCUGAUUGUGGCUUGUACCGUCAUAAGCGUGGCAGUGAUAACCGUCGCUGCAGUAUUUGUCGGCGACGACGAUGAUAGCCCCAAGCAGGUUGGGGCGGUUGCCUCCAAUGCAUACGAGUGCGCUCCGAUUGGGGCAAAUAUUUUACGGGCAGGUGGCUCAGCAGCUGACGCCGCGAUUGCAAUGAUGAUAUGCGAAGAGAUAGCCUGCCCGGAGAGUGCCGGAAUUGGCGGUGGGUUUCUGCUUACGUUGUAUAAACGAGAAACUAGGGAGGUGGUGGUGAUGGAUGCUCGGGAGAUAGCUGCUCGAGCUGCCACAGAGGACAUGUUUGUCAACUUCAAGAAUGGGACAGCGCACGGUGCGCUGGCAAUAGCGGUGCCUGGCGCACUAAAAGGAUACUGGGUUCUGCAUAAGCAUUUUGGUAAUCUGCCUUGGAAACAAUUGAUUGAGCCGUCGAUUGAGCUAUGCUAUAAAGGUCAUAUUGUCAAUCCGUACAUGGAAGAUGCUCUGCUAGACAUUAGGGAAGAGAUUUUGAAUACUCCAUCACUGCGAGAGAUUUACGUGAACCCCGAAACCGGUGAUGUGUGGAAAGAAGGUGAUCGUAUUUACAGACCUGACUUCGCAGAAACUCUCAAAGUAAUCGCCAAUGAGGGUGCAGAUGCAUUGUACUCUCCAACUGGAUCUCUUCUUCCGAAACUGAUGUAUGACUUACAUGAAUUCGGGAGCAUUUUAACAGAAGAGGACUUCUUUAAUUACGAACCUCGUUGGUUUGAUCCUGUGUCAACGAAGGUACGCGGAAACAACGCUGUUUACAGUGCCGCUCUGCCGGGAGGAGGAACCAUCUUGGUGCACAUGCUGAAUGUUCUUAACGGAUACGUAGAUCUUCACCUGAAAGAUCCUGUAACAUGGCAACGAGUGGUGGAGACGUUCAAGCAUGCCUACGGUGCUCGUACCCAUCUUGGCGACCCUGAGUUUGUUCCGAGUAUUGAGGAGCUGGUCCAUAAUCUCACAGAUGCAGCAUACGCGGACUACAUUAGAGACAAAAUCGAAGAUGAUCGAACGUUCUACGAUUACGACUAUUAUGGUGCAGAUUUUGCACCUUCGGACGACCAUGGAACGGCACACAUUUCCGUGUUGGCUCCAAAUGGAGAUGCCGUCUCUGUAACAAGUACCAUCAAUGAUUAUUUCGGUGCCCAGCUGCGAUCCCCUCGGACGGGCAUCAUCCUCAACGGUGAAAUGGACGACUUUUCUGUUCCCGGAGUAAUCAACAUUUUCGGUGUCCCUGCAUCGCCUGCCAACUUCAUUGCUCCGGGCAAGUGCCCUCUUUCAUCCAUGUCUCCUACAAUCGUGUUGGAUGGCGCUGGAAACGUCCGGUUGAUCGCAGGAGGUGCCGGUGGAACAAGAAUUACUACGGCAACGCUGCAGGUAGUUCUACGCAAGGUGUUCUUCGGCCAGAGUUUGCAGGCUUCAAUGGACGGGUUCCGAAUACACCACCAGUUGGCACCGAUGGAAGUGGAGUACGAAAGAGGCGUGGAUCCUAAUGUAAUACAGCAGUUGGUAGCUCGAGGACAUUCGAUGAAAAUGGUACAAAGAGUGGCUACAAUGACUGCGGUGGCCAGGGAAGACGAUGGUCAAGUGUCUGCAGCAUUCGACCCCAGAAGGCCGGGAAGUGUUGCAUUUGUAGAGCUGUAAAUAAGUAGUGGCAUGCGUGUUGUGUCA